GAAUUGGGACGGGCCUCGUCCCCGACCCCUCCCCCACUCCUAUAAUAUCUCUCUCUCUCUCUUCUCCUUUCAUCUUCAUCCUCCCCAGAUCGAUCUCACACACACGCACACACACACACUCUCUCUCUCUCUCUUUCUCACAAAAACCAAUCGCAUCCAACAUCCAAAGGAGAAGGAAGGAAAGGAAGAGGAGGAAGAAGAAGAGGAAGAAAAUGGCGAGCAUGAUAGACAAGGCGAAGGGGUUCGUGGCGGAGAAGAUCGCGCAGAUACCGAAGCCGGAGGCGUCGCUGACGGACAUGUCGUUCAAGGGGAUGAGCCGCGACGCCGUCACCCUCCACAGCGAGGUCUCCGUCACCAACCCCUACAGCCACCGCCUCCCCGUCUGCGAGCUCUCCUACACCCUCAAGAGCGCCGGCAGGGUGAUAGCGUCGGGGACGAUGGCGGAUCCGGGAUGGAUAGCGGCGGCGGGGGAGGUGACGAAGCUGGAGGUGCCGGUGAAGCUGCCGUACGACUUCCUGAUAUCGCUGAUGAGGGACGUCGGCCGCGACUGGGACAUCGACUACCAGCUCGACGUCGGCCUCACCAUCGACCUCCCCGUCGUCGGCAACUUCACCAUCCCCCUCUCCACCCAGGGCGAGCUCAAGCUCCCCACCCUCAAAGACAUGUUCUGAUCAUUCACUCCCCCUCACGUCCCUCGCGCACCACGCGCGCACGGGGUUUCUGCUCGCUCUGCUCUUUGUCUUCUGUGUUGUUUUCACUCUCUUUUUCUCUUUUCUUAAUAACAGAAUCAAUAAUAUCUCUCUGCUGCUGCUUCUACCGUCGUCUAAUAAAGCAUUUUGUUUAGAUUA